AGUCGAGUUAGCAACGAGGAAAACACUUCAUUACUGAUGAUUUGGCUUCGUCAAACAGUCACUUCCCAAGACCUGGCAUCCACAUACAUGGACAUCACGUUUUGAGUCAUGUCAGCCACACUAAAUGACCCACACUGUUAUGUCCAGGACUUGAUGUGCCAUGUGACUUUGACAUGAUUUGACACAUUCAACAUUCCAAGACUGCCAACCCCGUGUAUAAAAGAAUCGUCGUCGUCUUUGUCGUCAGCAUCAAGCUACACAACAGCAAAGAUGGCAUUUGCUCUUUGCUCUUUCUUCCUUCUUUUGGGGAUCAGUGGACUGUUACCUGGAGCCAGUUCCAACCCCUUGAAUCACUGGAAAAAGAUUAGAUGUCCUAGUGGCUAUACUCAGUUGGACUGCCACUGUUACCAAUUUCGAGCUGGCCCGUCGAGCUUCGUUGACGCGGAGUUGGACUGCAUCGGGUCUGGCGGAAAUUUGGCGUCUAUCCCCAAUAAGCUGGCAAAUAUCGUCGUUCAAGAAUUGUUACGAGAGGGUAGUGCUUCGACGGGUUGGUUUGGACUCCAUGAUGCAAUUUUGGAUGACGACUUCAUAUGGACGGAUGGCUCAUCGACAGAUUUCCGAAACUUUGCAGAUAUGGAGCCUAAUGACACCGGUAACUGUGUAGAGAUGGUCGUGUCAAGCGGAGAGUGGGAGGACGAAGACUGCGCCUCGAGCUUUCCAUAUGUUUGCGUGCUGGAUGUGUGCCAUGGCUCAAAAUCGGAUGAUUCAAGCCCCUGCCCUUCAUCACCAACUGAGACAGCUACUUGAACAUACCUUGCAGUAAACACGAUACAAUAUCGCUC